AUGGCUUCAUCAGCCGGGAACGAAAGUUGGGCCAAUGCCCUCAGCUUUAUUACCGAUAUGAUGGUCAAAGAGCUUGUCGACACGCAAGAAGUAGUUACAAUCAACUCGACAUUCGACAGGAAAAGCGCCGAAGCUGUUUUCCAUACUCUUCUAGCCAAUAUAGUAGUACCAUUUGCCGAAGUCCGCGAGCAAGCCAUUGUAUCUAAGCUUACGGAGGCAGAAUUCCAAAAGGGUGAAGCUUAUAAGCGAGUUACUACGUUGACGGAUGAGAAGAAAGGAAUUGAUGAAAUUGAGAAGAAAGCAAGCGACCAACUUAUAGCUGUCGAGGAAAAUUACAAUCGGCAGCUCACAGAGGUGGCCGUGCAACAUCAAGCGGCUCUAGCCAAGUGCGAUGAAGACAUCUCCUCUAGGGAUAAGAAACUCGCAAAAGUAGAAGAAGAGGCUAGGCAACUCAGGAAGGAACUCAGAACGAAAGACACCUCAAGGGAGGAGUACAUUAAAAAUCUUGAAGAUGAACAUCAGAAAUUUAAGGAGCAGAACGAAGAUCUUGACCAGGAACUUGCCAAGCUCCAAGAAACCCUCAGCCUAAGAAACGCGGAAGUAAAUAAUGAACGCCAAAAUGUAAACAAAUUUUUAGUUCAGAUCGGCCAGAAGAAUAAAGACUUAGGCGAGGAACGGGCGAUCUCCCGGGCAAUGCAAAUGAAAAUCUCAGCACUGGAAAAUGAUCAUAACAACGACGAGAAGGUUAUUAGAAAGCUCAGGGUCGAAUUAGACGCGAGACAGAAGAAAAUCGAGGUUCUCAUGAGAGACAUAGAUCAGUAUUCGAAGAAGAGCGCUAGUACUAAAGGCAAGAGUAGCACGACCAGUUCGUCAGACGCUGGUCCAGGGCUAGAUACCGAAUUGGAACUCGCCAAGAGGAGUGAAACCAUCGACGAGUUAACCAGCGAGAAUGACGCCCUGCGUAUGCAGGUGAGUCACUUAGAGACGGAGUUGACAGACACCCAAAACAAGAUAAAGGCAUUGGAGGGGGAUCUCAAGAAUUCAAGGGAUGCGAAAGAUCGAUCAGACCAACGAGUGAGAGAACUGGAAAACAAAGCCAAGGAAAAGGUAGACCAGUCGGCAGGCGAUCUCGAAAAGUUGAAGAAGGAACGCGACGAGCUUGAAGUCUCACUUAAACGAGCACACGCCACGAACACUGAAAACGAAAAGGAAAUAGCCCGACUUAAGGAGGUCGAACAAAAUGAAAGGGACCUUCGGAAACGCGAAAGAGAAUUGCAGUCCAUCUUAAAAGUUAGAAACAAGGAACUUACGAGAGCAGAGGAAGAACUUAGGAAGUUGGAAGAAGACAUCGCGAGCGGUAAAAUUUCCAAUGGAGAUGAUGUUGCGAAGUGCGAAAAGGAGAAGGCUGAGCUUAAAGACCAGCUUGACAAGGUCGAUGCCGAGCUCCAGAGCCUGCGCAAGGACUACGACGACUUGCUCGGAAGAGUCCCGUCCGACAACGACGAACUCAGGAGACUACGUGACCUGCUGAAGCAAGCGAAUAAAGAGCUAGAAGAGGCUCUAGCCGAGACCAAACGAAUUCGCGAAAGGCUAAACGAACGAAUAGAUGAGUUGACGGAGGAAAAUAAGAAUAUACAGGCAAGAUUAGACAAACUGGUAAAGGAGUACAACGACCAUGUCAACAACACAGAACAUGCCGGUGACGAUAUGUUGGAUUACUACGAUAAUCUCUUCAGUUCCUUACAAGAGCAUGUUCGAGAGGUCAAGCAAAACUUCAUUACCGAGAUCAGGGUUAAUAGAGGCACAAGAGACCAGUACCUCGAGAGACUCACCCGGAUGAACGAGGACAUUGCCAAGAACCCCGGCACGGCCGAUGCGACUAGGAAAAGAGCGAUGGGCAUACAGAGGGAGAUCGAUCGAAUGAGUGGCAUCAUCAAGACUCUCCAGAUGGAAAUUUCCUGGUUCGAAGGCACGCUCAAGCAGAUCCAGGACGUACGGGAUAAGAGGGCGGAGGCGGCGGAUCAGGCCUUCGCAGACGCAGAGGCGGCCAGGUUAAGGCUGGCGGAAGUGCUGGCAGAACGGCCGCCGGUAGACCUAGGAGUCCUCGGACAACUCACACAAAACAGAUUCCUCCUAUACACGAACAUACUCGCAUUCCUAGUCUUCGUCAUACUGUCGAUCGCGGCGGGUCGCGAAUUCGGCUUGCUUAGAUGGGGUAACCAACAGGUCAGGAGAGCGCAUUUCGUCAACACCGUAGAGAGGCUAGGAAUAACGCUUAGGAUACCAUCUUAUGAGUUGUUUUGGGAAUGCCUAGUAAUACUCCUUUCGGGAGGAUUCGCUAAGUGGGCGAUGCUCAUUUAGAGGAUAGUGAGGAGAACAUUCUCUUUGGGUAAUGUUUCGGUGGAAGUAUCCUAAGGGCGUUUGAUCGCGUGUAUUUAGAAGAUUUGUAAAAUCCAAUUUGAUUUUCUUCUUUCAGGCGUAUACAUCAGGUUGUUGAUGAUCGAGAGAUGUCUAUAAUUGCCCAGAUAAUAAUAUGCACUAGAUCUAAUAGGC